AAUGUUACAUUGUAUCGUUGAGCAACAUACGUUAGAAUCUAUAUCAAUGUUCGUGACAUUCGAAUCCACCGAGUAAUAUUUUAAAUAUAUUUUUUAAAUACAUACAUAGGUUGCGUUAUAGUCUAUCAUAGUGCCAUUUAUGUAGUUGAUGUUAAACGUAGACUUUUGAAUAAACCUUUAAUUUAGCUUACCCAACGUUUUAACGUAUUUACGACUGAACUCAUGUUCAUGAUUUAAUGUUACAGUGUGCCCUUGAUCGACCCUCUUUCAAUGUAAUUUGAUGAAGUGAAGGAGCAGCGAUUUCGGAGAAUACGGACGAUAUAAGAUACAUGUAGCAAAACCAAAAAUUAAAUCGCUGCCCACGUCAGAGGAACUGCGGUACAUUAGCGGAAGAAUGCCAGCGGGUGUGUGUGGCUGCUGUGGACCCCUGAGGCCCAGGUACAAACGCCUGGUUGAUAACAUCUUCCCAGAGGACCCCAAAGAUGGCCUGUCUAAGUCAGACAUGGAGAAGCUCACCUUCUAUGCGGUUUCAGCCCCGGAGAAGUUGGACAGGAUUGGGGCCUACCUGGCGGAGCGACUGAGCCGAGAUGUGGUCCGCCACCGCUACGGGUACGUGGUCAUCGCCAUGGAGGCUCUGGACCAGCUCCUGAUGGCCUGUCACUCCCAGAGCAUCAAGCCCUUUGUGGAGAGCUUCCUCCACAUGGUGGCCAAGCUGCUGGAGUCCCGGGAGCCAGACCUGCAGGUCCUGGGGACCAACUCGUUUGUCAAGUUUGCCAACAUCGAGGAGGACACACCGUCCUACCACCGGCGCUACGACUUCUUUGUCUCCCAGUUCAGCGCCAUGUGCCACUCAACCCAUGAAGACCCUGAGACCAGAACCAGGAUCCGUGUGGCCGGUAUCAAAGGGCUGCAGGGCGUGGUGAGGAAGACGGUGAACGAUGAGCUUCAGGCCAUCAUCUGGGAGCCCCAGCACAUGGACAAACUCAUCCCCUCCAUGCUGUUCAACAUGCAGGAUGCCGAGGACCUAGACAGGGUGGGCCCACCCGGCACGCCUUCGGAGACCGGGCAGGAUGGUGAGGAAAACCCAGCGUCCCUGGCCGAGAGCUGCUUCAGAGAGCUGCUGGGAAGAGCCGCCUAUGGCAACAUGAACAACGCCGUCCGUCCUGUACUAGUUCAUCUAGACAACCACCGGCUGUGGGAACCCAACGAGUUUGCUGUUUCCUGUUUCCGGAUCAUCAUGUACUCCAUACAGGCCCAACACUCCCACCACGUCAUCCAGCAGGUCCUGGGCCACCUGGACACGCACAACAAGAACACACCCCGCAUGAGGGCCGGCAUCGUGCAGGUCCUCCUCGAGACGGUCGCCAUAGCAGCCAAAGGCUCCGUCGGCCCUACGGUACUGGAGGUGUUCAACACCCUGCUCAAGCACCUGCGGAUGAGUGUGGACUUUGAGCUGGGUGAGAACUCCAGGCGGAACUCCGGCGCCAGCGUGUCCUCGUCCGGACGGGUCAAGGAGAGCGAGGAGCGCAUCGUCCAGAACGCCAUCAUCCAGACAAUCGGGUUCUUUGGUGGCAACCUGCCAGACUACCAGCGUGCGGAGGUGAUGAUGUUCAUCAUGGGCAAGGUGCCCGUGUAUGGCACCCCCUGCCACACCUUGGACACUGUGAAGAUUGGGCACCAGGGCACCAAGCGUAUCCAGGCCAUGCUGCUGAGCUCGCUCAUCAUGGUGACCUCUGGUUUCAAGUCCAAGACCAUGGUGGCAGCGCUGCCCGCACCCUUCCUGGACCCACUCUUCUCCAUUUCACUCAUGGAGGACUGCGAGCUUCGCCAGUUGGUCCUUGAGAUCCUGCUCAACAUCAUCGAUCGCCACGACAACCGCGCCAAACUGCGGGGCAUCAGGAUCAUUCCUAAUGUGGCGGCCUUGAAGAUAAAGAGGGAGAAGAUAUCGAAACAAGACGUUGGGUUCAUGAAAAAGCAUGGGCAGCAGUUGUACCGUCACAUCUUCCUGGGCUGCAAGGAAGAGGACAACGGUCACAAGAACUUUGAGCUGCUCUUCACUACCCUGGCUGUGCUCACCAUUGAGCUGGCCAAUGAGGAGGUGGUGGUGGACCUCAUCAGGCUGGCUCUUGCCCUGCAGGAUAUGUCCUUGGCUAAUGAGGAGAACAUGCCCAUGGUCAUCCGCUGUGGCAUCAUGGCACUGGUGGCGGCCUACCUGAACUUUCUUAGUCAGAUGAUCGCCAACCCAGCCUUCUGUCAACACGUCAGCAAGGUGAUUGAGAUGAGGAACCUGGAGGCCCCUUACCUCCUCCCUGAGCACAUCUUCAGAGAGAAGUGUCCGCUUCCAAAUUGUCUUGAGAAGGAAGACCGGAGCCUGUAUUUCCAGACGGUUGACCUCGCGGAGUGCCUGGUCGGCCCAGGAUACAACGCUGAGCGUCUCUCAAUCCCCUACAUCCCUCAAGUGACAGAUGAAGACCGCCUCACCAGAAGAAAGAGUUUGGUUGACACCAUUUCUCUUCAAGUGGAUUUCCCUUCCGAUAGCCUACCAGACAAGUCUCCGCUGGCUGAGGAGAUCACCUUCGAGACUCUGAAAAAGGCCAUUGACACCACAGGGUUGGAGGAGCAGGAGAAGGAGAAGAGGCGCCAGGUCAUGGAGAAGUUCCAGAAGGCUCCGUUUGAGGAGAUUGCCGCCCACUGCGAGUCCAAGGCCAAUAUGUUACAUGACAGACUGGCGCAAAUCUUCGAGCUCACUAUCCGGCCCCCUCCCAGCCCCUCUGGAGUGGUGUCUAUCGCUGCGGGCCAUGCUCAACACCAGUCUGUCCCUGUCUACGAGAUGAAGUUCCCCGACCUGUGUGUCUACUAGAUCAAAGACCAGCCACUAACGCCUUGUAUCCUCAACCCUAACCCUGACCACUAACCAUACCCAGACCUGUGUGUCUACUGGAGCAAAGACAACCACAUAGCCCUUACCCUAACCACUAACACAGUGUACACUCAACCCUAACCCAUUUCCUAAUCCCUUCAGAUCUGCGUGUCUAUUAAAGCAAAAACAGUGGCAGGAUAGAACCACUAAAACCCUAUACCCUCAACCCUACCCCCUAAGUCUGCUCCUUAGCCCUAUACCAGAUAUGUCUGCUACAGCAGAGACUAGCUGCGGCACUGUACCACUAAGCCCUAAUACUGUGUUCCCUAUUUCUUAACACUGCACAUUGUUCCUGCCCCUCCUCAGACUAAUGUGUCUAUUACCAGAUGAGAUGGCUGUAUGACUGUAGUUUCCAGUCACACGCACACAGGCUACACACACGUGAACGUGUGCGCACACACACAUUCGUAUUUAUAGUCUAAUCAAUUAGCUGUGGUGUGUUGGCUUAUACACUUGGAAAGUGGAGAUGUUAUAGAAUAUCGAAAAGUGAACAUUACUGGAGGCACCUUGUCGUUUCGAAGAUACCAUCGCGCUUGCUAGCAAAGAGAUUUGUGGUGGCUAAUUAACAGUAAAUAAGUGAAUUGUUUUACCUCACAGUUAGCCAAGAGGCUUACCUAGCCAGCUAAAAUUGUUUACAGUUAGUUAGCAAUCGUUUCAAAACUAUUUUGCUAGCAACAGUAGUGCUGCCGUGUUAAUUAUAACUGUCUCACAAAAUGUGUCUCCAGUUGUUUACAUUUUACCAUUGUGACGCGCAUCCAUGCGUAUCCAUGCAUUUCUGUGCAUAUUAGAGAAAAGUAAUUUUAGCAGCCACCCUGAAAAAUUGCUUGUUUUAUUGGCUUUUGCAGGCAGAUAAGCCACAGUGCUGCAGAAAGCUAAUGCCUUGUUACUGAAAAGCCCUGUAGACAUGCUAAUUGGAAAUGUCUACAUUUUGAAAUGUCCCAAUUUAUUGAAAACCAAUUCAUAUAUGUCAAUCUGUCUGAAAGGACAAGGUGAAUUUCAGGUAGAACAUUGAGAGUCUUGGAAAUGUGGAGAUUCUAUUCUGGAAUAGACAUCUGGGUGGAUUGAGCAGGGUUCUUUAUUGCAGGUCCUUUAUGGCAGUGUUUCAGAAAUGUUGUGUAUGAGACCAGGCUAGUAACGUGCUAGUAACCCCCCCCCUGUUAUGUUAUGGUCUUGACUUUUGGUUCCUUCCAUAGGAAUUAAAGUUCACCACUGUUCAAAACCUACUGGAGUCAUGCCCUUCAGGACAUGUACUGAGGAAUGGUAUUGUGGACCAGCUAACGCUAAUAGAAAAGCAAGCAGUUGGUUACUAAAGGCACCAUGUCAUUUAGUUGAUAUAUUGAUAGUUUAGGAUGAUAUGGCAGCCAAGUGCAUUCACAUUUUUUGGUAUUAAUUGAAGUGUUCCGGCAGCUGUACUGAACACUCCCUUCACCUCCGCUUAUCAUUUUCAUAGCACUUUCACAAUAUGGUACAAAAACAUUUAGUUAUUUUUAUUACACCGUCUUGACAGGAUUCAUGUGAAGGCUGUUAAGUCGUCUUUUUCUUCUCAAUCCUCUCACCGAUGCUGAGCACAAUACAAAUAUUCUAACGCAAUGGACUUUGGAUAGUUGCAUCUAUUUUCUUGUAAGACAUUUUACAUGAACAGUUAGAGAUUUUUCAUUAUUGAUUAUCACAUUUCAAAUCUCUGUCAUUUCACUUUCCAGUAAUUUGAUGAACCUGCAAUUUGACAUGACGUGUUGGUUUGAUAUCACAAUGCAUCAAAUAAAUAUAGAUACAGUAUAUACAAUGUUAUGCUUAUUGCUAUAGGCCAGAUGUUUAUGUGCAGUAUAAUUGGUAUUGUUCACAUGGGUUUCAUAGCUUGCAGCUUCCUGUGGAUAUGUGUCUUGAUGAUUUGUCUUGAUUUAGUAUUGAUUGUUAUUUAGAGUAUAUGGGAAAAUAUAAUUGAGAGGGUUCACCAAUAUUGUUUUCCAACUUUCCUGGCAGGACAAGAUCUGUCAUAACUCUGUUGGCCAUCUAGAAUACCAAAACCCUUUCAUCUUUACCAAAGAAUCCAUUUGCCACGGCCCCCACCCGUCCCCUCCCUCCCUCUAACGUCUUAAUAAUGAUGUCACUCAACAUUUGGUUUCUGAGAGAACCAAAUAUCUGUCAGUGUGCUGUUUGGGGCUCGCCACUGGGCUGUUUAAUAACCCAGAUUGUUACCGUACUUUACUAUCGUUACAUCCUGGCUUGGUGCGGGUGUCUCUCCUAUUUCUAGUGCUAGGUAUGACGUAGACAUGCUGUGUAAAACGCUGCAUUAAUCAAGGAGAAAAGGUCCUCGAUUUGCGGUUGUUGAUUAUAACAGAUUAUUUUGGAAGGACCCAUCUAAGCAAAGGACCAUUCGGCGAAGUGGUGGGCAUAGUUCAGUCCUACAGAGGUUAGUGUCAGAGAUGGGGUCUACAGUCCUCCCAAACAAGACACUCUAAUAAUGAUUAUGGGGGCAUUUGAAAAGAGGCUUCAGCAAUAUGGGUGAUGUUGAGAUGGUUAAUUGCGUGGGCUCAAGUUGAAGAAUAGAGAGGCUAAAGUGAUGUUGGUUAUCAAAAGGUUCUCAGUGAUGGCAUCCUGUUGUGCCUUCUGUAACAGGAUACUGCAGAACGUUGCUGUGGGUGGUUUUGUAUGUUCAAGGUGGUUUCAUGUUAAGGUUUAAGUCUCGCUCAGCCAGGCUUUCAGUCUCAAGUAAACUGAGCCACUGAGAGACUUGAGUCCAGCUUGCGAGACUAGUGGAUCAAAAUUGGUUAGUAUAGUGAGGAAAGACGGCGGGCGGUACCGGUGUACGAUUGUAAAUGGGAAUCACUAAGGCUUCUGAUAGCAGGGUUGGGGGAAUCGCUAAGGUGAUUGGUGGACACUAGCUUCAUCCAUUUUAAUUGGCUGGUGGCGGAAAAUGACCUUUUGGGAAGUAGCCUCUUGGAUUAUAUAUAUAUAUAUUUUACGUGGUAGCUAACGUGGUACUUUAUGACUCAGACCUAAGCCACUUGUGAAACAGAUAAAUAACACAUUUAGCACAGAUGAUUGGCUCUCAAACAUAGAUUUUUCCAAUUGUUUUUCAAUCGCGACUGGGUUGUCGAGAUUGCUGCCUUAGCUAAGAAACUUUUGGGAAACUCACCCAAGAGCAGCAUAAGUCAAUAAUGUUCAUCCAUAUCCAUUGUAGAAAAUAACAUUUUAAUUUUGUCUGAGACCUUUUGCUCAUUUUGACCUAAUAUGUAGAAAUGCCCCUAUUGAUGCAUAUAAUCUGAAAUCAUAUCAGAAAUGUGUAAUCUCAUUCAUGGCGAAGUGCAAUAUGUUUUCCUCUGUAUGAUUAUAGGAUUGUUUUUCUUUUGCAACACGUAAUGUCUUAUCUUGAACUGUGGUGUCACUUCAGAUAGCAUAUAGUACUAUGAGUUUAUCGAGAGAUUCAUUAUGAAAUAUCAAGUGUGUAUGUAUAACCUAUGGGAUUUAAGACAUGAGGAAUGUAGACCAUACAGCAUCAUUGACUGAGAUUGAGUGCCAGUCUGUUUUUUGCUAUCAUUCCGAAUUCCCUGUCACUCAUUGGCUUGACAAUGACUCCAAUGGAGUAGACAAGAGCACAAACAGGUCUGGGACUAGGCUAUCAUUUACUUUCUUUAUGCUGAAUUUGUCAAUAGUCUACUAUGGUAUGUUUUUUUAUAGAUAUUCAUCGUACGAGUGGCAUGUUGCCUGAUAGAAAAUGGUUUGGGAGCUAUAGUUCUUCUGUUUAUUGUUCAAAAUCAGCACUCCUCAUAACUUAAAACGGUGCAAUGGGAGACCACUGUUUGGGCUAAACCAGCCUUUCUGAAGUCUGAUGUAUUCUUGGUGUUUUGAGACGACCCCAUGUGUGCUUGUUUUCCUUCCAACAUAUCUACGAAAUCUUUUCCGAAGGACAAAAUCCUGACAAAAGUUGGGUUAAUGCCAGAUACAAUUCAAUAUUCAAUAAGCAGCUCAAUUUAAGUAUUGUGUGGAUAAGGAGAUACGUUUGCAUGAAAACCAGCAACCACAGGGGGGUCUGAAGACCUGGUUUGACAAAGGCUUCGCUGUGGUGAAGCGGCUGCAGGGAUAUUGAGUCCAUUUUCUCUACUUAUUACAAUGACGAGAUGGAGAAUAGUGAUUAUAGACUGAAAUUAACAGUAUACCAAUUAAGAAUCAUUUGAGCGACUGGUCAGCAAUGGCUAUAAUUAAGCAUCAUUGUUAAAGCCCCAUGCAGUGUAUUUCAUUUAACAUCACUUUGUGUAAUAAAUAACUUUUUGUUGUU